AAAAAGUAAGCGGCGUUUUUAGUGUGUGUUUCCGGAGCAGAGGAUAAAUAUGGCGGAACGAGGAUACAGUUUCUCUCUGACAACAUUUAGCCCUUCUGGCAAACUGGUACAGAUUGAAUAUGCCCUAGCCGCUGUUGCAGCCGGUGCUCCGUCCGUAGGAAUCAAAGCAUCAAAUGGAGUCGUGCUGGCAACCGAGAAGAAACAGAAGUCUAUACUGUAUGAUGAACAGAGCGUACACAAAAUUGAACCUAUAACCAAACACAUAGGCAUGGUGUACAGUGGAAUGGGUCCUGACUACAGGGUGAUGGUCAGACGAGCAAGAAAAUUGGCCCAGCAGUAUUACCUGGUAUAUCAGGAGCCGAUCCCCACAGGUCAACUGGUACAGAGAGUGGCUUCAGUUAUGCAGGAAUACACACAGUCAGGUGGUGUCCGCCCGUUUGGAGUCUCUCUUCUAAUUGCUGGUUGGGAUGAGGAUCGACCAUACUUAUUUCAGUCAGACCCAUCGGGAGCAUAUUUUGCCUGGAAAGCCACAGCAAUGGGAAAGAACUAUGUCAAUGGAAAAACAUUCCUUGAAAAAAGAUAUAAUGAAGAUCUUGAACUUGAGGAUGCUAUACACACUGCCAUCUUAACUUUGAAAGAAAGUUUUGAAGGUCAGAUGACAGAAGACAAUAUAGAGGUGGGAAUUUGUAAUGAAGCAGGAUUUCGCAGACUCUCACCUGCUGAGGUGAAGGAUUACCUGGCAGCAAUUGCUUAAAUACAUGGCACUACAACUGCUCACAGUCAUUUCGGUUUGGUUGUUUGUUUAAAUUACACAUUUUUAUUAUUUGUACAUCUGUAUAAUUGACUUCUUUAUAAAGGGUGUAUAAUAUCAACAA